AACACGUGGGCCGAAAAAGCCAUAUAUAGAGGUAGAAGACGCCAUUGUUCGAAACUGUUCACCACUGGCAGAAGUAUAAAGAAGCAACUAACAUGGCGUCGACGAGCCGCGGAGAUGUCCUGGCCCUUCCCAAGGUGCAGUGCCCCAACCACCCAGAUGCCAUGCUGGUGGAAGACUACAGAGCAGGGGACAUGAUCUGCCCCGAGUGUGGCCUUGUAGUGGGUGACAGGGUGAUUGAUGUGGGUUCAGAGUGGAGGACCUUCACCAAUGAGAAAGCCACCCAAGACCCGUCCAGAGUGGGCGACGCCCAGAAUCCACUCCUCAACGGGGGAGACUUGAGCACCAUGAUCAGCAAGGGAACAGGCGCGGCAAGUUUUGAUGAGUUCGGCAACUCCAAGUACCAGAACCGGCGGACCAUGAGCAGUUCAGACCGCGCCAUGCUAAACGCCUUCAAAGAGAUUACCACCAUGGCUGACCGGAUCAACCUACCAAGGAACAUCAUAGACCGAACAAAUAACUUAUUUAAGCAAGUGUACGAACAGAAGAGCCUGAAGGGGCGGGCCAACGACGCCAUCGCAUCAGCCUGCCUCUAUAUCGCCUGCAGACAAGAGGGUGUGCCUCGGACAUUUAAAGAGAUCUGUGCCGUGUCCCGUAUCUCCAAGAAGGAGAUUGGCCGCUGCUUCAAGCUGAUCCUCAAGGCCCUGGAGACCAGCGUGGACCUCAUCACCACCGGAGACUUCAUGUCCCGCUUCUGCUCCAACCUGGGCCUGCCUAAGCAGGUGCAGAUGGCGGCCACCUACAUCGCCCGGAAGGCCGUGGAGCUGGACCUGGUGCCCGGCAGGAGCCCCAUCUCUGUGGCUGCCGCYGCCAUCUACAUGGCCUCUCAGGCCUCUGCCGAGAAGAAGACCCAGAAAGAGAUUGGAGACAUCGCCGGUGUGGCGGAUGUCACAAUCAGACAGUCGUACAGACUCAUCUACCCCCGCGCUGCCGACCUCUUUCCCCCGGACUUCAAAUUCGACACCCCCGUGGACAAACUGCCCCAGCUGUGAUGGCCUGCUCGUCCCAACAACACAUUCUUCUCUACUGGGUUCUUUUUGUAUUGAAUUUCUAUKAUUUUUUUUCUCUCCUCUGUUCCCUUGUUAAUUAAGCCUUUGAGCCUUUGUCAAGGCACUUUUUUUGCAGGAAUACAGACAAGUACAGGACACACAUUCCAUUGCUAUAAGAAUUAGAUUGCAAACUGUACAGUAUUUCAUUUGAGUGUGUAUAUAUACUGUAUAUAUGUCCAAGUGAGAAUGUAAUUGGUGCUUGCAAUAUUAGGCUGGUUUUAUACUGUAUACACCUACUUUUGUAGGAAAUUAGCAGGUUACAUUUUGUUAGCUUAUUGGCAAUAUAUUAAAGUAAAUUUAAAUGCUUUUCUGAAAAGCAUAUUGUACACCUCAUGCAUUGAAUAACAUUAAACUUUGUAUGGAAUGUGUUUGCUGAGUGUGACUAAUACUGCUUUUUAUUUUAUCCUUUGAAGUGUUCAUUUUUCUGUAUUAAUACACUUGAGUUCCACUUGGGAGUACAUUGAUCAGUAAGUCUUUGCCCUUUACGGACAGCCACACAAGUUAUAGCUAGUCUCAUCCCUCCCGCCGGGUGUACAGUUGUGGGCCUGGUAUAGCAAUAGAAGCAUGAAUUCAACACCAUUGCUUUUGUUUUGAAAAUCUGCUAUUUCUAAUGGUCAAGUCAUUACAUGAAGUAAACUCAGCAAAAAAGAAACGUC